UUUAUUUUUUAUUUUUUUUAAAAUACAUAUGAACUGGAAAAGUCUACGCGAAUUUGGAAAGGGGAGGGAAAAGAGACCUUCUUGGUGCUGGAGAAAACUGCAAUGUGACUAUCUGGUAUAUGCUUCCUGCCGUCUCUCCCCCCCCACCCAAACUGUCGUUGAGAUGAGACUUCCAAAAAGUUGGCGGCUAAAGAUGAGAUCAACAUGCAAAGCAAAGGACUUCAGAAGUGGCUGUUGGUGAACAAAAAGCCUCGUCUUCUUUUGAUUCUUUAAUUUGUCUUUUUGAUGGGGAGAAUGGAGCUAAUUGAAACCUCCAGCAAUGGGCUGGUCUGUGCAGGACUAUGAAGAUAAUGAAAGGUGACAUGAAUGCCACUGGUGUGGCGUACAGUAAUCGAUCUGAGAAAAUCUUUCCUAAAUGGAGGUGAGCAAGUUGAGACUUAUGGCAGCUUUGUCAAGACUGGCUGAUGAAGGAGAUGCUGCCUUCUCCUUCCAAAAUGAAGAACAAACUUUCUUGUACACCAGGACAAAAUGAAAUGGAGAGACAAUCAGCAUUUCAUAGUUGUACACAAAAUUCUGUUCAUUUUCUAAUUCACCACAAUAUUGUUUUAGACGUAUCUGUGGCUCUCCCUGGAACAGCUGAGUGUUAACAAAAACAAUGUACUAUUAACAUGGUGGAGGUGCUUUUUUUUUCUACACUUCAUUGUUUGAUUGACCACCUUGGGACACCAAAUUACUCCUUAGCCUAGCAUAUGUGGAAGACUUUGAGGCAACAGCUCUAUGUGUUGUUUAUUUAUCAGUGGUAUUGCAUGGUAUCAACACAAUGCACCAGCAGUUGAAACUUUUUUCUGAGCCAUACCUAAAGACCUCAGCAGCGGAGACUUGUAGAUGCACCUUAUGGCAGGUGUUCUUUUUUCUUUUUCUGUGAAAGCUUUCAAGUGUAUUUUCCCAACACCAGUUGCUCAGUGCAUGUUUGAAAUCUGAGCACAGUGUUUUUCAAAAAGGUGUAUGCCUGUAGAGAGGAAACUGCCUAAUGGAUCAUGGCUAUAAUGUUUACAGGACAUUCCUUAUUUCUAGCAUUAGUGGUGUUGGCACUCUCUACUGUUGCAGAAUCUGCAAGCAAUUAUUCAGACUGGGUGGCUUUUGCAGAGAACGUGGAUCAGUACGAAGAGCAAAAAUUGGAAGCUUUCAGGACUAGUGAGAAAACAAAAAAGGCCAUUAUCCAUCCAAGCUUAUAUUUUAAUGCUGAUGAGAUCCCAGCACUGAGGCAGAAAGCCCGCAUGAGCCAUCUGCACCUUUUUAGAACAAUCCGAAGUGCGGUGUCAGUGAUGCUCUCCAAUCCGUCCUACUACCUACCUCCACCCAAGCAUACUGAUUUUGCUGCCAAGUGGAAUGAGAUCUAUGGAAACAAUCUUCCUCCCUUAGCAUUGUAUUGUCUCCUGUGCCCAGAAGACAAAGCUGCCUUUGAUUUUGUGGUAGAAUAUAUGGACAGAAUGACUGGAUACAAAGACUGGCUGGUGGAGAAUGCCCCAGGGGAUGAAGUUCCGCUUGGGCACUCUUUAACUGGCUUUGCCACAGCUUUUGAUUUCUUAUAUGCCUCUCUAGAUGAUGGCAGAAGGCAAAAAUAUUUUGCCAAGAUAUGGACCAUGAGCGAGGAAUUGUAUGAAUAUUCCAAAGUACGUUCCUGGGGCAAGCAACUUCUUCAUAACCACCAAGCCACUAAUAUGCUAGCAUUGUUGAUUGGGGCCCUUGUAACAGAAGGAGGCAUUGAGUCCCAAGCCAAUACCUGGAAACAUGCUGUAGUGGAUGUGAUGGAGAAAACCUUGUUUUUACUUAAUCAUAUUGUCGAUGGCUCUUUGGAUGAAGGUGUGGCAUAUGGUAGUUAUACGGCCAAAUCGAUUACUCAGUAUAUUUAUCUGGCACAACGGCACUUUGGAAUCAAUAAUUUUGGAAACAACUGGCUCAAAAUGCACUUUUGGUUCUAUUAUGCUACACUUUUACCAGGCUUUCAGAGGACUGUAGGUAUAGCUGAUUCUAAUUAUAAUUGGUUUUAUGGCCCUGAAAGCCAGCUAGUUUUCCUUGAUAAAUUUGUAUUGAAGAAUGGAAUGGGCAACUGGCUCGCACAACAAAUUAGAAAACACCGGCCAAAGGAUGGCCCAAUGGUGCCAUCCACUGCCCAGCGGUGGAGUACACUUCACACAGAGUACCUGUGGUAUGACCCGGAACUCACUCCACACCCUCCACCUGAUUAUGGCAAUGCUAAAAUGCAUAUAUUCCCUAACUGGGGGGUUGUUACGUAUGGAGCAGGGUUGCCAAACACUCAGACAAACACCUUUGUUUCUUUUAAAUCUGGAAAAUUGGGUGGCCGUGCUGUCUACGAUAUAGUCCAUUUCCAGCCAUAUUCUUGGAUUGAUGGGUGGAGAAGCUUCAAUCCAGGGCAUGAACAUCCAGAUCAAAAUUCUUUUACGUUUGCUCCCAAUGGACAGGUUUUUGUAUCUGAGGCCCUCUAUGGUCCCAAGCUUAGCCACUUGAAUAAUGUGUUGGUGUUUGCUCCAUCUCCCACGAGUCAAUGCAACCAACCUUUUGAGGGUCAGCUUGGAGAGUGCACUCAGUGGCUUAAGUGGACUGGGGAUGAAGUUGGAGAUGCAGGCGGUGAACUCAUCACAGCUUCUCAGCAUGAUGAGAUGAUGUUUGUGAGUGGGGAGGCAGCAUCUGCAUACUCCUCUUCAAUGAAACUAAAAAGUGUAUACCGUUCUCUGCUCCUGCUAAAUCCUCAGACAUUACUUGUAGUGGACCAUAUAGAAAAGGAGGAGAACUCUCCCAUCAACUCCAUCAGUGCCUUUUUUCAUAACCUUGACAUUGAUUUUAAAUAUGUACCAUAUAAAUUUAUGAACAAGUAUAAUGGAGCCAUGAUGGAUGUAUGGGACGCUCACUAUAAAAUGUUUUGGCUUGACCAUCAUGGAAAUAGCCCUGUUGCUAGGAUACAAGAGGCCGAGCAGGCAGCUGAGUUCAAAAAGAGGUGGACACAGUUUGUAAAUGUCACUUUUGCUACAAAAAGCACCACUGCCAGAAUUGCCUACCUGUUCUAUGGGCCUUAUGUCAAUAUUUCUAGCUGUAGGUUUAUAGAGGAUGCCCGAUCAGGGUUUCAGAUGGCUCUAAAUGUCAACAAUACAGAAACUAUUUUCUCUGUUGCAACGGACUAUCUAAAUCUGAGGACGAGAUUCAGUUACUUAGGCUUUGGUGGCUAUGCCAAGGUAAUCACUCAAGGAAAAGUUACUAGAUUUGGUUUGGGCACUGAAAUAGUUGAAAAGCAGGCACUGGCUACCAGAACUGUUUUCCCAUUUGGAUUUAAAGUGAAUAUAAUUGUGGGGCUGGUUUUGGGGAUUAGCUUGGCCAUACUGGCUUUUCAGUGGCGGUUCUACAUUUCCUUCAGCAAACUUUUGCGUUGGGUUCUGAUUCUGGUCAUCACGUUGUGGUUUGUUGAACUGGUGGACGUGUGGACUUCUUGCACGCAACCGAUCUGUGCAAAAUGGAGCAGUGAUUUGACGAGCACCGAACAUAGUGCAGGAAAGGAGCAAGGAUAUCCUGUGAGCAUGCCCGAUGUUGUCAUCACCUCUCUCCCCAGUUCAGGUGCAGAAAUUCUGAAGCAACUGUUUUUCAACAGCAGUGACUUUGUCUACAUCAGGAUUCCUACAGGGUAUCUUGAUAUCCCUGAGACAGAAUUUGAGAUUGACUCCUUUGUCGAUGCCUGUGAAUGGAAGGCAUCUGAUGUUCAGAGUGGCCGCUUUCGUCUUCUCCAGGGUUGGUUGCAGUCUCUGGUCAAAGACACAAAACUUCAUUUACAGAAUAUUCAUUUACAUGAAACCAGCAGAAAUAAUAAAUUAAUCCAGCAUUCUGCUACUAGCAAAGACAAGAAGAGGAGACCCAGGAAGAGAGAAUCUAUAGUGGAACAAAGAAACCGGUUGAGAGGUAGUUUGGACAAAGAUGCUGAAUACAUUAAAGAACUGAGGAGACACCUUGCCUUCUUUCCCAAUGCACGUCCUGUACUUAGUCUGAGCAGUGGGAGCUGGACAUUAAAGCUUCCUUUCUUUCAAGAAAUCAUAGGUCCUUCACUGAAAGCACUCUAUGUAGUACGGGACCCUCGAGCGUGGAUUUACUCAGUGUUGUACAAAAGCCAGCCUAGCCUUUACUCCUUGAGAAAGGUGCCUCAGCGCUUAGCUAUGCUGUUUAAAGCAGAAUACGGAAAAGGCAAGUGCAGUUUAAAUUCAGGCUAUGCCUUUGAAUAUGAACCACUGAGGGAAGAACUCUCUGAUUCAGAUUCAAAUGCAGUCUCUGUGAUGUCCCAUUUGUGGGUGGCAAACACAGCAGCAGCCCUCAGAAUCAAUGGGGAUUUGCUGCCAGCCAAUUAUCUGCUCCUUAAGUUUGAAGACAUUGUGGGCUUCCCCCAGAAGACAGCUGAAACCAUCUCUACCUUUCUGGGCAUCCCCCUGUCUCCUGCCAGUUUAAACCAAAUAUUAUUUGCCACUUCCACCAAUCUUUUCUACCUUCCUUAUGAAGGAGAAGUAUCCCCAGCAAGUAUCUACGCCUGGCAACACAAUAUGCCUCAUGAGGAAAUUAGUCAGAUCGAGGACAUCUGUUCAACUCUAAUGGACCGCUUAGGAUAUCCAAAGUUUACUGAUUUAAAUGCUGCGGGUCAGCAGUAGUUUGCACUAAGGAUCUCUAGACUCUUCAAUUUGUAGAUAUGAAUCAGAGAAGCUAGUUUAUUCUUGUAAAAUGUCUGUACAGUCUGUUGCACCUGAAGAGAGAGAUUAUUUUAAAUGAAAAGAGAUAUUUGGUCUAGUCAGUUUUUGCUUUUCUUCCCCUCCCUUCCCUAAAAACAAAACAAAACAAAAACUCCUAAUUCUUUUGCUGCCUUUUAAAAUAAAGCUGUAUGAAUCUCUA